AUGUCAACUCACCAAAUCAAAGUCUCAUCAACCGUCGAUCUUGUUUCUGAUUCCGCGCAAAGACGCAAAAGGAUUGAUUCGGGAUUCUUCGAUGACUUGGAUAUAAUUGCGGAAGCGAUUGACAAGUGCACUGAUUUUGCCGCCGAGAAUGUCGAUAUCACCGACAGAUCUUCUCCUGCCACCGCCCUGGGCGUCUCGUUCGAGUCAUAUACCGGCCUGUAUACGAUAACCACCAAAUCGCGCCGCAAGAUCACGUCUGAAACUCAAUGGGGACCACUCGAAGAUUACUUUCCCCCAAUCUCUUGUCCAAAUACUAGUCCCGCUACUACCCACGAUUCCGUUGAACCCGAGUCAUGCGACAAUAUCACUCUCGAUGGUCUAUCGGGAAAUCCCGCGCCGCUCCAACCUUCCGUAUCGCCUCAAUUUGCACAAGAUUUGCCUUAUGAAUAUGUCCUUACACUCGAAGAUAGGAGCAAAGUACCAUUAUGGAGAAGACUUAGGGAUAAUCCUGAACUGGGAAAGGAUUGGACUACUAAACCACUAGAGCUCUUUUUACCACGAGUCGCCAAGAAUAAAAAUACGGAUACAGGUUGCGGAAUAAAGAAAGGACUUGGUACGAACGUGAAAAAGAACAAACGAUCUCGGACUCUGUCGGAACAAAAUCUUAAACCAGCUUCACCUCCGAAACCCAAGCUGUUUGCAGCGACUUCAAUCACGCAUACAACCAAGAUUACGAUCGAACAAUCGACCAAACAGCGCACAUCAAAGAAACCGGUCGCCCAGAUGCAAAAGCCAAUCCAAGAGAAAGUGCCGCAAAACCCAAGAGAUCGUCCCGAAACAAGAAUCAAGAGAAUGGUAUUGGAAAAGGCAAAGAAUGCUGCGAGGAAAAUUGGUGAGAAGAACGUCGGCAAGUGUCAGAAGGGCAUGGAAAGCAAGAAUGCGGGCAGAACGGCCAAGAAGAAUUCGAACGUGAUGACUGUAGAAAGGAACACUUUCCGGUAA